UUCUUCUGGACCUUUCUUCUGAGUCAACUUUCAGGAAAUAUCUCAAAAACUUCCUCAGAACAGAGCACAGAGACUCAGCCCACAGGUCUGAACCCGGACAGCAGAGCACAACCUGGAGAGGUGAGCAGCUGAACAGAAGCCCAGCGUAUCCCAGAACUGAGCCUUGGACUGGACCAGUGGAGCGGCUGCAACAUUUCCACUCUCCUCCCAGAAUCCUCCACAGCCAGGGGCCAGAAAGACGAGAUGAGAUCUGAGAAACUGCUCUGCCUCCUGCAACUGCUGCACGCUGUCUAUGGAGAAUGCCCAGUCCAGCUUCACCCUUCUUCACUGGUGGUGAGAUAUGGAGAUUCAGCAUCAGCAAACUGCACCGUGUCUGAAGGUCACCUGGGGAUUGGCUGGGAGGCUUCAGAAGGAUCUGUAAACAUGGUACAAGAUGUCCAGUUUGUCACCUGGAAAGUGGAAAACCUGAGAGACUGGCAUAUUGAACCAAACUGUUUUGUGAACUUCAUGAAGGGUGCAGAAUAUCAACAGUGUGUGGAAGCGCUCCAGGUCACUCUCUACAAGACUCCAGACAGUGUGUCCAUCAGCUCUGUGGACCACACCGGCCCGAUGGUGGAGGGGAGGCAGUACCAGCUCCGGUGUGAGGUCCAGAACAUCGCUCCUGUUCAGAACGUCACUGUGAAGUGGUACCAAGGGGAGAAAGGGAGUACAAAGGGUGAAAGGUCCUUUGAUAGCAUCACUAAGACACCUGCGAAUGUGGCCUCUACCCUCACAAUCACGCCCAGCAGAACUGACAAUGGAGUGCAGUACAGCUGUGUGGCAAAGCUGGAACUGGGACCUGAAGGACCACAAACCCCCACUGAAGUGACAUCUGAGCCCCUCAAAAUCACUGUGCACUAUGCCCCUGAGUUUACUUGCGAUUACAGCUAUGAGGUGACAGAGAAGCAGAAUUACACCCUCAACUGCACAGUUGUGGGGCACCCUGUACCUGAGGUUACCUGGAUGAAGCAGGGGAAGAAGGUGGAGCUCCCACCACACCUGAGCAAGAAGGAUGCAGGGCUGUACACCCUCAUAGCUACCAACACCUAUGGAACAGUCAACCACACGCUGGAGAUUAAAGUUGUCUCGUCUCGUGAGGUUAAUGUCAUCACCAUAUCGGUAGUGGUGUUCCUGCUGGUGGUUGUAUCAUUCCUUUGUAUUAUAGGCCUAUAUAUGUGGCGUAAAAAUUGAUCCCAAUCAAAUCCCACUGACGCCCCUCAUCAGCAACAGGACACACCCUGGCACCUAGAGCAAUGCGGAGGUUCUCCUGAAGCCCGAUCACUGCAGCCAUGACCGGAGUGGGUGGAGCCAGCUGCUGGAAUGAGGACUGAAUGUGGCCAGUAAUGGGAGCUUUGUUCAGGAAUGUUACUGAGCUGUGAGGACUUACCCGCAGAUAGACUUAAAAUGCUAAUGUUGUAAUAUCAAGAGCUUCAUUCAACAGCACACAGCUUCAUCCAACAGCACACAGCCUGCUUCUGCUCCCCUGUGAAUGGUAGCUGAAAGAGGCAGUAAAAAUGCCCUUUAGUAAGAAGAACCAUGCAUAGUUUAUCGUUUUUGAGAUUUUUAGUUUUUCCAUGCCUGUGGUACACACCCUUUAGAGCUUUCUUGCACCUGAUUUUAAACAAUGUUCAGUAUGUAACCUGGGAUGCGCUUUAUUAAAAAUAAAUUAUGAACGAGCACACAACUGAGUUUAAAAGGGGAGGCUGGUGCACUCCUUUGGAACCACUGAGUUUGAUGUCAGCUUCUGCAGUUCAGCUGCUUCUGUAACAAAAUAUCUUCCCAAGACAUCACCCCCUAAAUAUUUUCCC